CAGGUGCAGCACGAGCUCACCGAGCAUCUACCGGGUCUGCGCUUCAGUCUGCACCGGGAGUACACGCUGCAGCUACAGAUGAAGUCGACGGAGCUGGAUCAGGGUCUUUUCACGGACAGCUACUGCAAGGUGUGCAGCGCCCAGCUCAUCUCCGAGUCUCAGAGAGUGGCCCACUACGAGAGUCGAAAACAUGCGAACAAAGUGCGGCUGUACUACAUGCUCCACCCGGUGGAUGGAGGCUGUCCGGCCAAGAAACUCCGAACACACAACGGCGGCGAGGAGGGAGACGUGGAUAAAAAUAAGUGCUGCACCUUGUGUAACAUGUCCUUCACCUCGGCCGUGGUAGCCGAGUCGCACUAUCAGGGCAAGAUCCACGCCAAGAGGCUCAAACUACUGCUGGGAGAACAGCCUGGCAUCACGGGCAAAGGUCUGAAGCGGAGCUACACGUGUGACGUGUGCAGCGUGACGCUGAACUCGGUGGCGCAGUACCACGCCCACCUGCAGGGCUCCAAACACCAAAACAACUUGAAGAACCAGUUAUGCGUCCAGUGAUGCCGCGCUGGGACCAAAACCGCCG